UCUCUCUCUCUCUCUCUCUCUCUCUCUCUCUCUCUCCCCCUCUGCACACUAAACACUGAAACCAAAACAAGAAAAAAAAAAGAAAGAUAUAAACUUUAGAUCUGAAACCUCACAGAGAGAGAAGCUUCAGCUCCAAGUUCUGAUCUUUGUUUGUAUGUUUACCUUGUCUGGUAAACUGCUGUUUCUUGCUGGUCAAUAAGGGCAGGUUGUAGUGGCAUCGUGAAUGGCCGUGACAGAUACUGAAAACCCUCUUCUUGGAGAAACCACUUGCAGUUCUUUACUACAGAAACUGCAGGAAAUCUGGGAUGAAGUUGGUGAAACUGAUGAGGAACGGGACAAGAUGCUUCUUCAGAUAGAGAGGGAGUGCUUGGAUGUGUACAAGAGGAAGGUGGAGCUGGCAGCAAAGUCGAGAGCACAACUUCUUCAGGCCUUGUCAGAUGCCAAAGUUGAACUUUCGAGUCUUCUAUCAGCUCUUGGAGAAAAAAGCUUCGUUGGAGUUCCUGAAAAGACUUCAGGAACAAUCAAGGAGCAACUUGCAGCAAUAGCACCAGUACUUGAACAGCUGUGGAAACAGAAAGAGGAGAGAGUAAAGGAGUUCUCAGACAUACAAUCACAAAUUGAAAAGAUAUGUGGAGAAAUCGCUGGGAACUUGAGCCUCAGUGAGGAGGCUCCAGCAGUUGAUGAGGCUGACCUAACCUUGAAGAAGUUAGAUGAAUAUCAAGCUCAGCUCCAUGAACUUCAAAAAGAGAAGAGUGAUAGGCUGCACAAGGUCCUUGAAUUUGUUAGCACUGUGCACGAUCUCUGUGCUGUCCUUGGCAUGGACUUCUUCAGUACUGUCACUGAAGUUCAUCCUAGCUUAAAUGACUCUACUGGUGUGCAAUCCAAAAGCAUUAGCAAUGACACCCUAUCUCGGUUGGCUAAGACAGUCUUAGCACUGAAAGAAGAUAAGAAGCAGAGGCUUCAUAAGCUUCAAGAAUUAGCUACUCAGCUAAUUGAUCUAUGGAACCUAAUGGAUACCCCUGAUGAAGAAAGGAAAUUGUUUGACCAUGUUACUUGUAACAUAUCAGCUUCUGUCGAUGAAGUGACUGUUCCUGGUGCUCUUGCUCUAGAUCUGAUCGAGCAGGCUGAAGUAGAAGUUGAAAGGCUUGAUCAACUUAAAUCCAGCAGAAUGAAGGAAAUUGCCUUUAAAAAGCAAGCUGAGCUUGAAGAAAUAUAUGUUCAUGCUCAUAUAGAAAUAGAUCCAGUGGCUGCUAGAGAAAAAAUUAUGACACUGAUUGAUUCUGGGGAUGUUGAGCCUGCUGAGUUACUAGCUGACAUGGAUGCUCAGAUAGCAAAAGCCAAAGAGGAAGCACUCAGCAGAAAAGACAUCUUGGACAAGGUUGAGAAAUGGAUGUCAGCCUGUGAAGAAGAGAGUUGGCUUGAAGACUACAAUCGGGAUGAAAAUAGGUACAAUGCAAGCAGAGGUGCACAUUUGAAUCUCAAGCGAGCAGAAAAAGCCCGAAUUCUGGUAAACAAGAUUCCAGCUCUGGUCGACACCUUAGUUGCUAAAACUCGGGCUUGGGAAGAAGACCGUGGCAUAUCAUUCACUUAUGAUGGUGUCCCUCUACUUGCAAUGCUAGAUGAAUAUGCUAUGCUCAGGCAGGAAAGAGAAGAAGAAAAGCGGCGGAUGAGGGAUCAAAAGAAGUACCAUGAGCAGCAAAACACUGAACAAGAAGCCAUUUUUGGUUCAAGACCUAGCCCUGCCCGCCCAGCCAGUACAAAGAAGGUUGUAGGUCCACGCCCAAACGGGGGUGCCAACGGAACUCCAGGCAGACGGCUAUCUCUCAAUGCAAAUGGCAGCAGGUCCAUAUCUAAAGAUGGAAGGAGGGAUAGCACAAACCGGCCAGCCGCCCCUGUUAACUAUGUUGCCAUAUCAAAAGAGGAUGCCGCCUCCCAUGUUUCGGGUACCGACCCUGUUCCGGCUUCACCAUGACAAUAAAAGAGGAGACAUGUGUAGGUUUACACCCGUUGUGAUAUUACUAUUGUUAUUACCAGGUCUGUUGUAGGGAUAGAGAACCCAAAGAAACUGAGAAGUGACUGGAGAGUAAGCUGUUUUUAGCUGUGUAUGUUACAUGUUAUACAUCUUUUCCUAUCUGUUUUAAAUCGUACUUUUUCU